ACUCCAACCUUGCCUAAAUAUUUACUCUUGGGGUUCUCUCAAGCAAGAGUUAACUGACUACCAGAGACACAACUUUUGGACCUUUUCUUGAGCAUCUGUGCAAGAAGCUUUCUGAGGAGACAUGGUGUCAGCCGGCUUUCAGAUGUUGGGCAUUGCCCUUUGCAUUAUUGGAUGGAUUGGGGUCAUCGUUACCUGUGCUCUACCCCAGUGGAAAGUGACAGCAUUUAUUGGCCAGAACAUUGUCACGGCUCAAACGACCUGGGAGGGGAUCUGGAUGAGCUGCGUGGUCCAGAGCACGGGCCAGAUGCAGUGCAAGGUUUAUGACUCGAUGCUGGCUCUUUCCCAGGACCUUCAGGCUGCCCGCGCCCUCAUCAUCAUCUCUCUUUUGAUUGGCAUCAUUGGCAUCCUCUUGGCCAUCACAGGCGGCAAGUGCACCAACUGUGUAGAGGAUGAGAGCUCCAAAGCCAAAAUUGGCGUGGCAGCUGGUGUGAUCUUCAUUAUUUGUGGUGUUUUGUGUCUCAUCCCGGUGUCCUGGACAGCAAACACCAUCAUACAGGAUUUCUAUAACCCUCUAAUGUUGGGUUCUCAGAAGAGAGAGCUGGGAGCUAUGGUUUCUCAGGGGAUUCAGAUCAUCGGUAUAUCGAUGUCUAUGAUUGGCUGGUUCAUGGUCAUCGUGGUGUGCGCCUUGCCCAUGUGGAAGGUCACUGCUUUCAUUGGAGCCAACAUCAUCACGGCUCAGACCAUCUGGCAGGGCAUGUGGAUGAACUGCGUGGUGCAGAGUACAGGCCAGAUGCAGUGCAAGGUGUACGACUCCAUGCUGGCUCUGCCCCAUGACCUGCAGGCCGCUCGUGCCAUGAUCAUCAUCUCCAUCCUGACUGGAAUCUUUGGAGUAGUCUUGUCAAUCGCCGGUGGGAAAUGCACUAACUGCAUUGAGGACGAGCGAUCCAAGGCAAAGACUUGCAUCCUGGCUGGAGUUUUGUUCAUCGUCUCAGGGGUGCUCUGUCUCAUUCCGGUGUCCUGGUCUGCCAACACCAUCAUCGACAACUUCUACAACCCACUGCUGCUUAAUGCCCAGAGGUAUGAGUUAGGGGCGGCACUGUAUAUUGGCUGGGCGGCUGCUGCACUGCUGUUGAUGGGAGGGGGACUACUUUGUUGGAACUGCCCACCCAAACAACACCCCCACUAUGUACCCAAAUUCACACCUGUGAAGUCAGCCUCCACAUCAAGGGAAUAUGUAUAAGAUGGUUUUCGCUUCGUUCGCGGAUCCUGUAGGUCACAGGAAUUGCAGAGGGAAAUAAUAGUUUGCUGUAUAAUUUAAACAUGUAUUCAAAGGCAAUAUAAAUAUGGCAUGAAAUUACAGCUUGCCUCGUGAGGUUUUAUUGCACUGUAUUUGUUAAGUUGACCUUUCUCGCAGUGGACAUUUUGUCUCUUCAAACAAUUGGGAUUUUAGUUAUAAACAAUGAUUGCACUCCAUUUAGUUGUGCCCACAGGCCUUGGGACUGUGCAUGCUGGUUGUCACACCUAGAUGGAAUAUCAUUAUCGAAGUUACCACUGUGCUAUUUCUGCUGUCUACUUAAACACUAAAGCAUUAACUUGACCAAUGAUUAUGUUUUAUUUUAAAUGUCUAAAAUGUAAAACUGAAAUAUCCUUUGAUAUUUUGAAUUCACAUUGUAUAUCUGGUUGAUGAAUAGCUAGGAUUUGUAUCAUGAUUAUAAUUAAUCUGUGUAAAUAUUUUGUCCGAUUGUUAUAAGGAUUCCAAAGUGUAUGUUGAUUGUCAUUUACAUCACAGCAUCUCAAAAAAUAAAGGCAGAAUAAAUACAGCCUCCCUCAUGUAUAAAUAAAUGCUCUCUCUUGCAAAACACUGUGUUUUGCAUAAUAUGUGCAUUUUUAUGUAUGGUCCUUUUCAUCUCUGUUGCCUGAAAAAUCCACAUUCAGGUCUAUGAAUGUCUGAAAGCUUAAUAUUCCUGCUUGUGAAGAUUACAAUUUUCUAUCACUGUAAAUAAAGCAUAUUCUUAAUGGA